CUGUUACCAUCCUAUGUCACAGAUUCAGCCUGAAUAGCCUCAACAAUCAGUUACCAACGCUUGCUCUGGGCUGAUAAACUGAGAAUGAGACUUCUGGUCUUGGCAAUUCUAACAGUUCUUAUACAUUUCACAGCAGCUGCGUUUAGAAAAUCAUCCUUUGGCCUGGAAAAUGAGGCUUUAAUUGUGAGAUGUCCUAGACAAGAAAGAUCUCGAUACCCUGUGGACUGGUAUUUCUCAGGGACGAACAAAAGUGUUACCACCCAGAAAGGCAAUCGUGUGUUUGCUGCAAGGGAACGUCUUAAGCUGCUCCCGGCCAAGGUUGAGGAUUCUGGAGUCUAUACCUGCAUCAUCAGAAGUCCUACCUUAAAUAAGACUGGAUAUGUGAAUGUCACUAUAUAUAAAAAACAACCAGACUGCAGUAUUCCAGAUGACCUGGUAUAUUCAACAACCUCUGGAUCAGAAAAAAAGUCCCAAAUAUACUGUCCUACCAUUGACCUCUACAAUUGGACAGCACCUGUUGAGUGGUUUAAGAACUGUAAAGCUCUUCAAGGGUCAAGGUACUACAUCCAGGGGACAUAUUUACUGAUUGACAACGCGACCAGCAAGGACACGGGUGAUUAUACAUGCAAAUUUACGCACAAUGAAAAUGGAGUCAAUUACAAUGUGACAACAACCAGGUCAUUCAGAGUUGAAGAGGAGAAAGGCUUCUCGUUUGCUCCAGAGAUUAUAGCACCUCCGCAGAACGCAACAAAGGACGUGGAAAUAGGACAAAGGGCCAGCGUCAAGUGCUCCGCCUGCUUCGGGAAGGGCUCACAGCUCCUGGCUGCUGUCCUGUGGCAGCUCAAUGGAAGCAAAGUUGGGAACCUGAGUGGAGCACGCAUCUGGGCAGAGCAAGAGCAAAAUCACAGUUCCAGCAACCAGCUGACCUGCCUGAGCAGCCAGUUGACGAUUGCUGCUGUGCGAGAGGAGGAUCUGUCCGUGACGUACGACUGUUUUGCCUUGAAUUUCCAUGGGUGGCGGCGGCACAGGCUGAGACUCAGGAAGAAAAAGCCAAGUAAGGGGUGUUUCUGA